AUGAAAAAAGCUAGCUUGCUGGUUGAUGGAAAAGUUAGGUCAGACAAGACAUAUCCAACUGGUUUCAUGGAUGUUGUGUCAAUUCCCAAGACAAAUGAGAAUUUUCAACUUCUGUAUGAUACAAAGGGUCAUUUCUGCCUCCAUUCUAUCAAGGAUGAAGAAGCAAAGUUCAAGCUCGGCAAAGUUCGACCAAUGCAAUUUGGAGACAAGGGAAUUCCCUACCUGAACACAUAUGAUGGUCGUACAAUCCACUAUCCAGACCCCCUCAUCAGGGCUAAUGACACUAUCAAGAUUGACCUUGAGACCAACAAGAUAACAAAUUUCAUUAAGUUCGAUGUCGAAAAUGUUGUUAUGGUGACAGGUGGAAGAAAUAGGGGGCAUGUUGGAAUCAUCAAGAACAGGGAGAAGCACAAGGGAAGCUUCGAGACUAUUCUUAUUCAGGAUGCAACAGGCCAUGAGUUUGCUACUCGUCUAGGGAAUGUUUUCACCAUGGGCAAGGGGACAAAGCCAUGGGUGUCUCUUCCCAAGGGAAAGGGUAUUAAGCUUUCCAUUAUUGAGGAAGCAAGAAAGCGCAUUACUGCAACAGCAGCCUCAACCGCCUAA